UAUACUUUUGAUUACUUAAGCGUACGUUUGUUCACUGAACCAAUACAUCGUAUAAACGUUUAAUGCAAUAAAAUAUUUUUUUUACUUCAGUUGAUCCAGUUUUUUAGUCGAAAAAUAUACUGCAAAAUGCAGUUACUCUGCUUGUUGAUAUUUAUAGGAGCUACUCAAUGUGAUGAUUCAUCAGACAGUAAGACUUUAGAUCCAGCUUGUUAUGAUAACUUGGGAGUACCAAAUGCUGUGGAAUAUGUUUCACAUUAUACAUUAUCAGUUCAAACAUCAUAUAUAACUUCUGUUGAAUGUAUGCUAUCAUCAAAUCAUUACAUACAAAGUGGAUAUUCUGAAAUUGACAGCUCUUCAAAUGAUCUUUUAACAAAUUUAAUAACGUCAUUUAAAGAAGGGUUUGGAAAUUUUGAAAAUAUGAUAAAUGGAUUGCAACAACCUGAUUAUGAAAAAGAAUCGCAAGAAAAAAUUAAUGCUGUAGUAUCAAUGACAGUUAAUUAUUACCAAAAAAAAGAUGUAACUGUUGAAAAAUCAGAAACAAAGCUCAGCGAAGUAACAGAAGUACAACAAGCGCAAUCAAUUCUAACUGCAAGACGCUGUGAAUCAUCUUACAUUAACUUUAUGAAUGAUGUUACGACGAUAAAAACAAAGUAUACUAGUGAAACGACUAAUACAGGUACUAUUGAUACGAAUCAAUGGGCUACUCUGGUGAAACAGUAUUACGACGCAAGAGAAAGUAUAGUUACUAAAACGAAUGUGUACGCAUCAAUUAGAGAAGCGUUUUUGUUUGGUAGUGGGAUAAAUUUGUGCGAUGCAUCUGCAAACACUGAUAAUACUGAUAAAUCACUACUGGACAUAUACAAAACUGACGAUUUAUCAAAGUUCUUUGGAAACACUGAUAAUGACGCAUCGGCACUAUUAUCUCAGACAGUCAUACAAAUGUAUUCGAUUUAUAAGGCUUCAUUGACUACUAUUUAUUUAAAAUCUGUGGUUCAUUCAAAUAGUGAUUUAGCAAUGAGAGUUGUAAUAUGGGAACAAGUGAAUUUAGUUCGAGCAAACUUUGAGUACAUGAGUCAAAACAUAGUGUUGUUUAUAAAAACCACACAAACAGACGCAGAAUCUAGUUAUGGUGCCGAUUCUGAAGAAUACAAAAAAAUCAUGAUAGCCUUAUAUACUUCUGUAAAUAAAAUGCUUUUGACAAUUGUUAAAUCCACUGAGGUACAUUAUCAACGAGCGUUGAACUUUAAUCCUGAUAGAAGUAUGAUUAAAACCGAUUUCAAUGAAUAUAAAGUGGAUAUAAUCGAAACAUAUAAUGAGAAUAUUAUGUGGAGCAAUACUAAUGCUGCUCGAUAUGAUAUGCGUCUUAUUGAGCAAAAAGACUGUUCAUAUCCAUCAUCAGAAAUGUGUAUACCACAGGAUAUGUACUCAUUAGUCAUAAAUAAAUUAGUUUUUCAAACAUUUAUUUGUCAAGUAAAUUAUGUAUACAUACGAAUAACAACAACACAGUAUGAUAAGACAAGUGUAGAUUCUUGGAUAAAUGAUAAAAUCACAAUAAUAGAAUUUCAAAAUUCAUUCAUAUUUGCCAAAUAUUCAGCGACCAUUAACAAAAUGCUUAUUGUAAAUAGUUGCUCUUAUACAAGUUCAUUAUUGACCACAGACCAAAGUACUCAAUCUAAUGAAGUUCAACAAAUUAUGGAUCAAAUAUCAAAUGAUGUUGUUGGAGUGCUAUGUGUAAAUACCUUGGAGAUAACAGAGACGUAUAAUACUCUUGAUGUAUUUGUAGAUACAAAUUGUAAUACAAACCCUAAAUCAAUAGUAUACAAACCUGACAAACCGAAAACUCCACCAACUAGCGGAACACCGCCUUCCAGCGGAACACCACCUUCCAGCGGAACACCACCUUCCAGCGGAACACCACCUUCCAGCGGAACACCACCUUCCAGCGGAACACCACCUUCCAGUGGAACACCACCUUCCACCGGAACACCACCUUCCACCGGAACACCACCUUCCACCGGAACACCACCUUCCACCGGAACACCACCUUCCACAGGAACACCACCUUCCACCGGAACACCACCUUCCACCGGAACACCACCUUCCUCCGGAACACCACCUUCCACCGGAACACCACCUUCCACCGGAACACCACCUUCCAGCGGAACACCACCUUCCAGCGGAACACCACCUUCCAGCGGAACACCACCUUCCAGUGGAACACCACCUUCCACCGGAACACCACCUUCCAGCGGAACACCACCUUCCACCGGAACACCACCUUCCACCGGAACACCACCUUCCAGCGGAACACCACCUUCCACCGGAACACCACCUUCCACCGGAACACCACCUUCCAGUGGAACACCACCUUCCACCGGAACACCACCUUCCACCGGAACACCACCUUCCACCGGAACACCAUCUUCCAGCGGAACACCACCUUCCACCGGAACACCAUCUACCAGCGGAACACCAACUACCAGCGGAACACCAUCUACUGGUAAUUAUCCACAACCGGGAAGCCCAACAAAUACAAGCAACGGAAAUAAUAAUGCCUUAGAAUAUUCGUAUAUAAAAUCUGGUACACAAAUAACAAAAACUGUACAAUUACUCCAAAAUUCUUUUAAAAACAAAAUAACAUCAAGUUUAACUUAUGUUCAAACCACACAAGAAACCCAAUACACGAAAGUAGUAAUAAAAUCAUUGGAAAUUUGUCAACAAAUAUCUCAAUAUAAUACAGAUUAUUUGGAUUGCGUAGCUUCAGAUUCACUAACAUAUAUAUCUCAAGUAACAACUCCUGGUUCUCAAGAAUAUUUUGACGCAAUAGUCGUAUUAUUUAGAGAUAUACAGGAAAAAUCAAAUAUGCUAUCUACGUCGAUGGAUAUACCAUUUAAGAGGACAAAUAUGUAUCCAUUAACAUCUGAAGAAUACGUAUAUGUGGUUCAAACUGUCGAAUACUCUGAAUUUGUCAAACAAUUUUAUCAAUACUUUGAAGUAAAUUGCGAUGAAAUAUAUAACUCAGAAAACGAUGUUGAUUUAUUCCUAACAAAUAGUAUAACACAAUUUAAUAAUAUAUACGACACGGUUGUAACGGCAGUUCAACAAACACCGGAUGAUUUAUAUAAAACAUUUCUAUUAAGCUAUUUAGAAAAAACUAUAACUGUGUAUAAACAAACCACCGAUUGUUUCAAAGAACAAAUUGUUCAAACAAAAGAGUUUAUUAGUCAAAGUGGCGAUAGCAGCAAACUUGCAUUUUAUCAAGAAAUCAUGCAACGGGUAGAUUCUAUUAAUGUAAUGUAUUCUAGUGUUCUUAUCAAGUCGUAUCAAUAUUCCAAAAAUACUGCCAGUGUUACAAUAUAUGAAUCUGAAUUUGACAUUGUCACUACUCAAACGGAAAUAGUGACUAGUUAUACGAGUAUCACCGUUGAAGAAACGGUAGGAAUUGAAAUACAAGUGUCAACUGGUAGCUAAGAUUUGAAAACGUAGGAGGUUGAAGUGGAGAGUAUUAGGUUAAGUAUAUAAAUUAUCAUUUUUAAAUUUGCUUAAAAAACAUUUUUAUACCACUAGUAUGAACUUGUAAUAUAAAUUAAAUUAUACCAUAAUGUACCUCUGUAUACGUUUUGCAUGAAACUAAGUACCUAGACUUAAUAAUAUAUGUUGUUUGGAUUAUUCAUAAAAAAAAAUAUUGUAAAAUUACAAUAAAAAUUAGAAACAUUUAACAUGUAUUUUAUGUAUUAUAUUCAUUUAGAUAUACAAAGUAAACCCGAAUGAGUCAUUGUUUAAAAAAAAAUAUUUUAUUACCACUAUUUCAAUUUUGUAAUUUUAAAAAGUAUAAAAAGAAAAUUAUCUUAUCAGCCAUGAUAAUGUUAUCUAGGUACCUACCAAUUAUAACAUUGAAAUUCGAACAUAAAUAUAAUUAUUACUGUUGUAACUA